AUCAAGCUAUUAUAAAAAACAUCAUUCUCAUGGGUCUAUACCCAAAUGUUGAUUCGAUCUGACGUCAGAUCAACGAACCAGAUCAUCUCGACGUCAUCUUCAUACAGACAGAAAACAUUCAAAGGUGUCCAUUUUUCAAUGUAAUUCAUUCCAUUCGAGAUUUUUUUUUUUCGUGGCCAAACAUCGUCGCCACCAUCUAAAAGACCAAUUCUCGUGUAUAUCGCAAACGAAGAAAUAUAAGGAACAAUGGGCUCUGCUGCACCGGGUGGUAGUCCAGGGGCGCACCAGCAUAUCAAGUUAGUACUCUCCGGUGGAAAAUAUCAGGGUCCAUCUUUUCAUCAAUUCAGCGCUGUGCUUUUCAGAAGCUUCGUCUAACGCCAUUGUGUGAUAUAUGGACAGAUCUCGAAACAUUGCCCUCUUCAGCAUUUUGGGCGUGAUCGGAGGGGCCUGGCUAUUAUUCCGGGCUCAGGCUCCAAAGCGAAAUGCCUACGUUGUUUCCGACGAGGAACGCGCUCUCAUGCGAGGCAGCGAUGGUAACCAGACAAGCCAGGGAAACAAGACUGCAAGGGCUCCGAGAAGCUUGGAGUGACCGUUUGAGAGGCUUUGAACCCAUCUCUUUAGACUCGCGUUGGGGAUUUGGAUGUGAUUGUUCGGUGUAGACUUCUUUUUUCUCUCAAUACACCCGGUGAUUAUGUCUGUUUAUGAGAAACAAACUCCUAUGUAUCAUCAGAGAAAAUAUCGAGAAACUAAUCGCAGAAGUGCGCAUUUUA